AUGGAGACCCUGUGCCCCGCUCCCCGCCUCGCAGUGCCGGCGUCCCCGCGAGGGUCGCCCUGCGCCCCCGCACCCCGGAAGCCGCGUCGGGGGACCCAGGAGUUCUCUCCGCUGUGCCUGCGCGCCCUCGCCUUCUGCGCCCUUGCCAAGCCCCGGGCGUCCGCCCUCGGCCUGGGGCCCGGGGAGCCGGCGUCGCGGGCCCCGCUGCUGCUCGGCCCGCGCGCCUCCCUGUGCACCGGCGCCUGGGCCGCGGAUGGCCUGAAGCACCUCGCGGGACAGGCCGGGCGGUCCAGCGGCCCGGACGCCGCGGCCGGCCAGGAUGCGGACGCCGCCGUGUGCCGGGGCCGCGACCAGGAGGAAGAGGGCGGAGGCGGCUUCCCGCACUUCGGCGCCCGCUCCGGCGCACCUCCCGGCCGCUGCCUGGCGCCCCGGCGCCCUCGGGAAUCUCCGACCAACUCCGCCUCGGCUCCGCCUCGGCCAGCCCCGGCUCUGGACGCCCGGGCCGGCCCCGCCGCCAGCCCGCGCGGAGAGCCGGGUUCUCGGCCUCCGCCGCCACCUGCGGACCUCAGCGCCGAGCCCGCGGGGCCCGCGGCCGCGCCGGAGCCAGCCCUGCCGGGCCCGACGCUCGCAGCCGAUGGAAGCCCCCCGGAGGCCGCCCCCGAGGCACCCGCCGGCAGCGCCUCGACGGCCAGCGGAGCCCCGGCAGCCCCCGGCGAGCUCCGCCAGGAGCAUUUCGACCGUCUGAUCCGCCGGUCGAAACUUUGGUGUUACGCGAAGGGCUUUGCCCUCGACACCCCCAGUCUGCGCCGGGGGUCCGAGCGGCCGCCAGCGAAAGGGCCUGCUCGGGGAGCCGCCAAGAAGCGCCGGCGGCCGACAUCCCCGCGUCGCCGAGCGCAGCCCCGCCGCCCGGCACCCACGCUCCCCACCGCGAGCACCUUCAGCCUCCUCGACUGCUUCCCCUGCCCCCCGGCCUUGGUGGUGGGGGAGGACGGAGACCUGGGGCCGGCAUCCUCGCUUCGCCUCCAGGGAGAUGUUAAGCCUCCGCCUGCUCACCCGCUGUGGAGGUGGCAGGUCGGCGGUCCCGCUGUUCCUGAGCCCCCCGGCCUCAAAUUCUGGGGGAUCAACUUGGAGGAACCCUGAGCCGGAGACCUCUUCUGCCUAGGGGAACAAGCUGGAGCCACAGCCAAACUGCGGGCAGGAUUGAGCCUCGUUUCUUCCAUCUGCCUGUCCCCUUUACGUUUUAUGGGCUGUGAUCAGAAGGUGCUCAAAUGACAGUGAUCUUCAAGCACCUAACUAGUUGGGGUGACACCCUCUCCCCCUUAUCCUUUGGAGAUGAGCCCAGGGCUGGAGUCAGGAGAAGACUUAACCGAAAAAGGCUUAAUGACAUAGAUGGCAACCCCUCCGCUCUUCCAUCUCGGAUCUUUGGGGGCAGGGCCUUCACCCCAGGGGGAGCAAAGGAGGCUACGGCUCAAAGACAGAAAGAAAAAAAAAAAAAGGGAGAGAGACCUUGGUGAUGGACAAACCGGUUGUUUCUGUGGGCAAGCCUGGGGAUGUGGGGGCUGCGGUGGGGGUGGGGAGGUGAUUGGCAGCUCCCUGGGGGCAUCCACUCCCCCCCACCCCCACCAUCCAGGCCUUUAACCCUUUACUCCCCUCAGGCCUUCCCCCAGCGCUCCUGGCACCAUCGGAGUCUCCCUGGGGCUGGGGGCAGCUUGGGCAAGGGGAAGAUCACCCCUUCCUGCUUUUUUCCCUAGGGCCCCCAAGUCAGGUGACCUCUAAUUGGUGAGAUCUUCAGCCUCACCCACCAGCCUUUCCCUUUUGUCCAGUUUUGGAGUUUCUCUCUUUGGUGUUCCCUGUUGCUUUCAACUUGUAAGGUCUGGUGGGUAAAAGGAUUUUUCUUGUGAUAAACCAGCCACUACGUCUCUCAUCAGGAGGGCCAGGGUUGCGGGAUCUCUUCCCUUCCAAAAGGGCAGACUUUGCCUGGAGAAGGGGCCAGAGAUUGUCCCGGGGAAAGUCAUGGAAGUGUAAGGUGGGCGAAAUCAGUAAAAUCAGACCCAAAGAGUUGCCGUUCGUGGUCCUCCACGAUCUAUGGAUGGGAGGGGGUAGAGGUAGGGAGCAGGCCUGGGUCCAUUCUUUUGACACCCAAACGAAGCCCCUUUAAAGAGUAGUGACAGGACAAGCUGCUUUUUGUGGAGGGGAAAUGAAGGGCUCUUGGCCUACACACAAGGGGCCCGUGGGAUUUGAAAGGAGAAAGUCUGGAUUUGGAUGGGAACUGGGCUGAGGUGCCUUCAGCUCCCCCCCUCCCACCCCCAAUUUGAGGCAUUUUGGGAGUUGUCAGGGACCUGAUGGAUCCGAAGGGGGCAGGGCCAGGGGAUUAGUUUUGAGGUCAGAGGUUCUGUUUUUUGGGGGGGAGGGGAGGCCUGGACCACGCCCUCCAAUCCCCUCCAGUCACAGGGAGGCAGCACUGCUUUCCCCAACACCCAGGUGAGGUCAGGGCACGGUCGCUCUUAGGGAGAUCCAAAAUCUGAGUGUGAGGGGACCCUGGGGUUUCGGAUCUGCCCAACAGCUGAGGAAGUCACGGACCCUUCAGCCCAUACUAGUGAAUAGCACCCUUUCCCCCCAAAAUGGGGCAAGGGAGGAACAAUUCCCACAUACGAUACUGGGGAAGGACUUGUCUCCUUUUCUGUGAAAAUGCUUUGUAAAAAGUUGUUAUUGUUUGCAUAGAGCAGAUUCUUGAGAAAAACUGUU